UUUUCAUUAUACAGCUUAAGCAUGGAUAACUUGAAAGAAGAUAGAGAAGAUGUUAAGCUUCUAACAUAUUGGUUUAGCCCAUAUGGCAUGCGAGUUAUGAUUGGGCUUGAAGAAAAGGGUAUCAGUUAUGAGUAUGUGGAGGACGACCUGAGGCCAGGGAACAAGAGUCCCAUGUUGCUGCAAAUGAAUCCUAUACACAAGAAGGUACCUGUUCUCAUCCAUAAUGGCAGCCCUAUUUCCGAAUCUCUGAUUGUUCUCCAAUACAUUGACAACGUUUGGAAUUCUCCUCACAAUGCCUUUCUACCCUCUCAUCCCUAUGACCGAGCUAUUGCCCUCUUCUGGACAGAUUUUGUAGACCAAAAGGUUUGUACCCCUGUAAACCAGAUAGUGAAAACUAAAGGAGAAAUACAAGAAGCAGCCAAAUGCGAUUUCCUACAGAAUUUAGCAAUAUUAGAAGGUGAAUUGAAAGGAAAAAAAUACUUUGGUGGAGAUAGGUUUGGAUUGGUGGAUAUAGCAUUUGUUCCUUUUACAUCAUGGUUUGAUGCAGUUGAAAGUUUAGGAAGGCUUAAGAUUGAUUUGGAGGAGAAAUUCCCAAAUAUUUGGGCAUGGAAGAAGAGAUGUUUGGAAAGAGAGAGUGUGAAAAAGACACUCCUCCCUCCUGAAAAAGUGUUGGUUGUUGCAAGUGAACUUAGGAAAGCUAAAUUAGGUGAGACAUGUAAUUUUAAUUUAAUAAAAAAAAUAAUUUGAUCUUUUUAUAUUCA